AUGGCUCAAUCAACCGAGGGUGCGACGGAAGCUGUGGAGGCGGUGAAAUUUGGUUUCAUGACGGAUGAAGAGGUCAGGAGCCACAGUGUUGUGAAGGUAAAAAACCCUAAUUUGCUUGACACUCUGGACAAGCCAAUCCCUGGCGGGCUCUAUGAUCCGGCUAUGGGUCCCCUGGACGAGAACUUUGCAUGUAAAACAUGUGGGCAGCGGUCAUAUCACUGUCCUGGUCAUUGUGGACACAUUGAUCUCGUUUCACCAGUCUAUAAUCCGUUGUUAUUCAAUAUGCUGCACAAUCUGUUAAACAAAACCUGUUUCCACUGUUUACAUUUUCGAUCAAGCAGAGGAGAGGUGGAGAAUUGUGUUACUCAAUUAGAACAGAUAUCUGAGGGUGACAUUAUUGGGGCUAAAAGGUUGAAUAUUCUCCAGAAGGUGAAAGAGAAGAAGAAAAAGGAUUGGGUCUUAUCGAAUGAUCUAGUUGAUCCUGAUGAUAGUGAAGGAAGUCAUAUAUCAGACGCUGAACUACACUCUGAUCGACGAAAACACUCUGACCAUAAUAAGCGAGGAUCCUGGGACUCUAGUCAGUUUACGGAAGCUUUGUAUGUUCUGAAUGAAUUUCUCAAGAAGAAAGAAAAGAAGUGCAAGAAUUGUGAUAGCGAGAAUCCGAAGAUAAAUAAACCAACCUUUGGAUGGUUUCAUAUGAGAGGACUAUCUGGCAAUCAGACUCGGUCAAAUGCCAUUCGACAUGGCAGGUUGGGUGUGUCAAAGACUGAAGGAGUUGGGGAUAAGUCUUCCUCGGAGGUUGUAAAUGCUAGUGAUUGUUCACGGAAGGAUGAUUCUGACACUGCUGUAGCCAAUUCAUCUGUAGCUGCCUCUGGUAGCACUGAAAUAUCGAAGAAAAAACCCAUUCAUCUAGCAAGAAACUUCAUUCAGGAAUUAGAAAAGCGUUCUUUUUCUGGACCUCUCUUACCGUCAGAGGUUAGAGAUAUUGUUAGGCGCUUGUGGGAGAAUGAAUCUCCUAUCUGCUCAUAUAUUUGUGAUAUUCAGCAGCAGCAGCAACAUGAUGAAUCUGGCAGAGUAACUGGCCACUCUAUGUUUUUCCUCGAGAGUAUUCUUGUACCCCCAAUCAAAUUCCGACCUCCAGCCAAAGGCGGAGAUUCUGUAAUGGAGCAUCCUCAUACUCUUUUAUUGGGGAAAGUGCUGCAAUCCAAUAUAGCUUUAGGAAAUGUUCAUGUUAACAGUGCUGAGCACUCAAAGAUCAUUAAUCGCUGGAUGGAUCUUCAACAAUCUAUAAAUGUAUUAUAUGAUAGCAAAACUGCCACUGGUCCGGGCAAAAAAGAUAUCACUUCUGGAAUUUGUCAAUUGCUGGAAAAGAAAGAGGGUAUUUUCCGUCAGAAAAUGAUGGGAAAAAGGGUAAAUUUUGCUUGCCGGUCAGUUAUAUCUCCUGAUCCUUAUUUGGCAGUCAAUGAGAUUGGAGUUCCUCCGUACUUUGCGUUGAGGUUAACCUAUCCUGAGAGGGUAACUCCUUGGAAUAGUGUCAAAUUGAGGAAUGCAAUCAUUAACGGGCCAGAUAUCCACCCUGGAGCUACAACUUAUGUUGAUAAAGUUUCUACUGUGAAAUUACCAUUAAACAAAAAGAUGCGAAUAGCAAUAUCUAGAAAAUUACCUUCUUCAAGAGGGGUAGUUACACAAUCAGGGAAGAAGAAUGAGUAUGAAUUUGAGGGCAAGAUUGUGUACCGCCAUUUGCAGGAUGGGGAUAUUGUGCUCGUUAAUCGACAGCCUACACUUCACAAGCCAAGUAUAAUGGCACAUGUUGUUCGUGUAUUGAAGGGAGAGAAAACACUUCGCAUGCAUUAUGCAAAUUGCAGCUCCUAUAAUGCUGAUUUUGAUGGUGAUGAAAUUAAUGUCCAUUUCCCUCAAGAUGAAAUUUCUCGGGCUGAAGCUUACAACAUUGUAAAUGCUAAUGAACAGUACAUUGUUCCAACAAGGGGUGAUACUGUCAGAGGCUUGAUUCAGGAUCAUAUUGUAAGCGCUGUGCUUCUUACAAUGAAGGACACAUUUCUAACUCGUGAGGAGUUCAACCAGCUACUUUAUGGGUCUGGCGUGUUUGCAAUGAUGCCUGGUUCACAUCCAGUCAAUAAUUCCCAGAAGGUUUCAUUAGUAGAUUCUGAAGGUGUGGUGAUGCAGUCUGUCUUGCCUGCAGUGUGGAAACCAGGACCUCUUUGGACAGGGAAACAGGUCAUCACAGCUCUAUUGAACCAUAUAACACGAGGGAUUUUUCUUUCUGCUUUAAGUUGUCUUUUCACAAUCUUUUUGCAGAUUCACGGGUUUACAUGUGGGGUAGAUGACCUUAUAAUAUUACCAAACUAUGAUAUGGAAAGGAAGGAAAAACUUGAAGGUGAUGAUGUUGGUGAAGAGGUUCACUGUGACUUUGUUAAGUUCAAAUGUGGCCAAAUAGGCCCAGAAGAACUGCAAUUGGAAAUUGAGAAAGUCAUAUGCAGUAACAGAGAAUCUGCCACAGCAUCCUUAGAUAUGAAGAUGAAAAAUAAACUGACCAAUAAAGGUUCUCAAAUAAGCAAAAAGUUGCUUACAAAAGGAUUGUUAAAGCCUUUCCCAAAGAACUGCAUUUCUGUUAUGACAACAACUGGGGCCAAGGGUAGUACAGUCAAUUUCCAACAAAUAUCUUCCUAUCUUGGCCAACAAGAGUUGGAAGGUAAAAGAGUACCCCGAAUGGUUUCAGGGAAAACCUUGCCCUGCUUUUCACCAUGGAAUUUCACUUCUAGAGCUGGAGGCUUUAUAACUGAUCGCUUUCUCACUGGUCUUCGACCUCAAGAGUAUUACUUCCAUUGCAUGGCUGGUCGUGAAGGGUUGGUUGAUACUGCAGUAAAAACAUCUCGUAGUGGAUAUCUACAACGGUGCCUCAUAAAAAAUCUUGAGAGUCUGAAAGUUAGUUAUGAUUAUACUGUCCGUGAUGCAGAUGGUUCAAUAAUUCAGUUUUAUUAUGGAGAAGAUGGUGUUGAUGUGCACCGCACAAGCUUUCUAAAAAAUUUCAAGGCUCUAGCAGAUAAUCAAGAAACUAUUUGCCGAAAAUUUCAGAACAAGCGUGAGUUCAAUACAUAUAUUGAAAAGUUGCCUGAUUUGCUUGAAAAGGAAGCAAGGCAAUUUAUUUGUGAUGCAAGAAAAGAGACAUCAGAAGUACAGAAACUGACUGAAAAUAAGCACUUACCUAAAGGACGCAAGUCAAAAAAGAAGGAAAACCAAUUAGAAGAACAGAAGGCAAUAAAAAAGGAGCAAAAUGAGUUUCUAGAUUUGGUUGAGCAAAAAUAUCUAUCAAGUCUAGCACAAUCAGGAGAACCAGUUGGAGUCAUUGCUGCUCAAUCCAUUGGUGAACCAUCAACACAGAUGACACUAAACACUUUCCAUCUUGCUGGCCGUGGGGAAAUGAAUGUUACCCUUGGUAUUCCGCGUCUGCAGGAGAUUUUGAUGACUGCAUCAGACAUUAUCAAGACUCCCAUUUUGACAUGCCCAUUCAUGCAAUACAGAUCUAAGCCUGAUGUUACGUCUCUUAUUGCGAAUGUGAAGAAAGUAUGUAUAGCGGAUUUGGCUGAGAGCAUGGAAGUUGAACUCUUAAUUAAUGACCAGCAAGUGGCUAGAAUCUACAAGCUGAAAAUGAAAUUGAAAGCAACUGAAUUUGUGUCAUUAGAAGACCUACAUGCAACUCUCAGAUCCACGUUCUUAAGGGAAUUGGAGGAGGCAAUAGAAAAUCACGUGGUGUUCCUAUCCAGAAUUAGUGGAAUUAGAAAUUUCACGUUGAGUUCACCGUCAGAGACCUUAAAUGAAGCUGACAAUAAUUCUACAGUUGGAUCACAAGAAGACAUGGACAAUGAUAUGGAUGCUGAUGGUGUUGAAAGGGGAGAGGAUCUAGGUUCAGAUGCGCAAAAGAGAAAACAACAAUCUACGGAUGAGAUGGAUUAUGAUGAUGGCUCUGAUUCCUCUGAAGAUGAACCUGAUGAAGGUGAGUUAUCUUCUGAACUUGAAGGAGGACAGACUAAUCAAGAUCAUCUCAAGGAGGUUGAGAGUAGGAAGGAUGAGGAAACUGACUCAGAUGACGAUGAUGAAGCUUCUAAUAUGCAAAAUGAUAAUGAAAUGAAGUCAGAGUCUAAAUCAAGUCGGGUUGGCUUCAAAUCAGCGGUUAAAAAUAAAAAAUCAGGAGAAGAAUCUUCAGACAAGAAACCGCGCAGGGCAAUCUACAUUGCAGUUAGAGGAUUGCAUUUUGAAGUCCACUUUAAAUUUACAAAGGAACCUCAUUUGUUGCUUGCUCAGAUUGCUCAGAAGACUGCAAAGAAAGUAUAUAUCAAGAGCUCAGGCAAGAUCAGUCAUUGUAAAAUGGUAAAAUAUGAUGCAGAUGAAAAAUCAGUUAUUUGGGAUGAUGAUAAAAAGCCGAGAAAGUCCACUGUUAAGGAUUUGCAGACAGGCAACGAAGACCUCGAUUAUUGGGCAAUGAAGGCAUCAGGAGUUGAUUUCAAGUCAUUCUGGGAUAUGCAAAAUGACCUCGAUCUGAGUCGUUUAUACUCCAACAACAUCGAUGCUAUGUUGAAGACCUAUGGGGUAGAAGCUGCUCGAGCAACCAUCAUAAGAGAGGUGAAGCAAGUUUUUGAUAUUUACGGAGUAAAGAUUGACUAUCGACAUUUGAGUUUAAUCGCAGAUUACAUGACCCAUACGGGGGGUUACCGACCAAUGACCAGACACGGAAGCAUUGCUGAGUCAUUGUCACCAUUUAUUAAGAUGUCGUUUGAAACAGCCUCAAAGUUCAUUGUAGAAGCAGCUUCUCAUGGGAUGACCGACAACUUGGAGACACCAUCUUCUAGGAUUUGCGUUGGCUUGCCCGUAAAGAUGGGUACAGGUUGUUUUGACAUCAUGCAGCAAUUGGAAGUAUGA